AGAGAGUUCUACAUAUUGUACCAUCACAUCUAUCUUCCGCCGGUCACAAAUAAGAGAGAGAGAGAUAAAGAAGAGAAGCAGAGAUGGCUCCCAAGAAGAAAGGUAAGGGGAAGGGAGACAAGCUGGCCAGGAUGACUGUAGAGCAGCGGCAGCAGUACCUGGACCGCCGCGCAGCCCAGGAAGCCGAGAGCAACAGACGGAAAGAAGAGCUAUUGGCAGGGUUCCUCAAGCUCAAACUGGCAGACGAGGAGAAGAAGGGCCAAGUGAAUGAGGCGAAGUUGAUGACCAAGUGGAGGGAGAUCCUACGGGAGGCCAAGACCUCCACUCUCAAUGCCCAGCUCCAGGAGCUGAAGACGCGAGUGACGGAGACAACGACACGGCAGGACCGACUGAUCCACCUACUGUCCUCCCAGGUGGCUCAGGCCCAGCACCAGAGGACUCAGGCUGCCCACAACCACCUGACUGCCACCCAUAACCUGACAGAGUUGCACGAGGAGCAUGUAGGCAUGUUGACCAGGCACGUACGUUCACGGGAGGCGGAGGUGACACGGUGUCAGGCGGCGAAUUCGGAAGACCUAGCAGCCACCCAUCUUCUUGACCUCCGCCGCCUCUCACUUGUCUCCCAGGCUGCCGAGCGUCAUCACCAACUCACAGAGAAGGAGGAACUGGCCGCCUUCCAUACCACCAUCACCCACGUCACCACACAGCUGGAGGAAGAGUUGGCGGCGGCUCGGGUGGAGAGGGAGGCGACAUUGGAGGAGGCAUGGGCACGUCUGGCUGUGGCUGUGAGGGACCAUGGCAGCCAGACAGCCACCCUAAGGGCCACUUGUCAACAGCUACAACACCGAGUCUCCACAAACCACAAGAACCUCAACUCCAUCAACCAAGGCAUCAAGGAUAUGCAGAGCGAGGUUGACGAGUUGCGGAAGCGACUGCGACAGGUGGGGACUCCGUCAGCUGCUGCUCGGGAGCUGCAGCACCUGAAGAAGGGGGUAAUGGUGUUGAGGUCCUCCCUGGCAGCCCAUCGUGUCUCAGCCAGGACUCUCAUCAAGGCCAUAAACAGGAGGGGUUAUGAGGCCAAGAAGCAACUGGAAGAGACGCUGAAGGAGGGGCGACAUGUGUUGGAGUUGGCGUCAGUAUGUAGUCGCCUGGAGAUGCCUCGGGACCGAAACCUGCCUUUCAUGCCACCGCCACCCACCAUCGCCUCGGCCACCAUCCUCGACGGCAGCUUGCGGACAUGCCUUGUAGCCGUUCCUCCUCUGGCAACUGAACAUGAUCGCCUUGGCCACACCCAGCCACAGGAACUGGAGACGCAGGUGGGGUUGUCGACGGAGAUGGAUGAGGGCCUGGGUACUUCCCUCCCAUCCUCCAAGGCAACAUUGAAAAGGGCGAUGAGCGUGCUGGAGACUGAUGAGGGUGUAGAGUCUAGUGUGUUGGGUGCCUCAACUACUGCUCCUGCUCCCUCUACCACCACCACCACCACCUCUGUCACGCUGCCUCGCCUCCCCUCCACCACACCACAUCCGAGAGGUUAGUCUAGCUGCUGUACGGUACCCACGCUGUAAACCAUUGUCUCCUACUCCACACCAUAU